AUGCCGACGAAUUCGAAAAUGGCCAAGUUUCUUCAAUCCUAUGGAUAUGAUCUGAUUCUGGGAGCUAUAGCUGCAAUUUAUGUGCUCAUGGCACCAUACACUAAGGUGGAGGAGAGCUUUAACGUACAGUCAAUGCACGAUAUUCUUUACCAUCGCUAUCGUUUGGAAUCUUACGAUCAUUUGGAGUUCCCUGGUGUUGUCCCUCGAACUUUUAUUGGAGCCUUUACAGUCUCUUUUUUUGCAUCGCCCCUUGUUUUCAUUAUCAGCUUUCUUGGCUUCCCCAAAAUUUAUAGUCUUGUUGCAGCUCGUCUCGUGUUGGGCUGUAUCAUACUAUCCACUCUUAGAUUUUUCCGGAUUCAGAUAAGAGUAAAGUUUGGACAUCAAGUGGAAUCUUUCUUCCUACUUCUCACCAGUCUUCAGUUUCAUUUUCUUUUCUACUGCACUCGUCCUCUACCUAAUAUUCUAGCUUUGGGAUUAGUUAAUCUGGCAUAUGGUAAUUGGUUUAAGGGAAACUUCUAUUCAGCUUUGAACUUCCUGAUUUUUGCCACUGUAAUCUUCAGAUGCGAUGUGAUAUUAUUGCUUGCACCUAUCGGUCUUGAGUUUUUGUUGACCAGAUCGAUCUCCUUCUGGAAAACGCUCAAGUAUUGUGUUGGAACCGCUGUGGUGGCUGUAGGUCUUGCCGUUUCCGUUGACUCUAUCAUGUGGAAGAAGUUUGUCUGGCCAGAAUUUGAAGUUUUCUGGUUUAACUCCAUUCUGAACCGGAGUUCUGACUGGGGUACACAUUCGAUUCAUUGGUACUUCACAUCAGCACUCCCACGGUCUUUGCUUGUAGCUUAUCCUCUUUCCCUGUUUGGUAUCUUACUUGACAGAAGGGUUCCAUUCCUUACUAUUCCAGUUAUAUCCUUUGUUAUGCUCUACUCUAAGCUUCCACACAAGGAACUCCGCUUUAUUAUUAGUUCAGUGCCAAUGCUCAAUUUAUCUGCUGCUGUUGCUGCUAGCAGAAUCUACAAGAAUAGGAAGAAAACUAUUUGGAAACUGGCAAACAUGGUUAUGCUAGCAUUAUUUGCAAUCAGUGCAGGGUGCACCGUCGUCACAUUCAUGGCAUCUUACAAUAACUAUCCAAGCGGCUAUGCUCUUAGGCGCUUGCAUCAUAUAAGUGAGUGCUUAUUCUUUUCGAGAUAUCGUGUUAUUGCAGCAGCGUUUACUUUGGAACCGAACAAGAAAAUAUGGCCAUACUGCAAAUGCAGUGGGAGAAGAGUGGGUUCACAUAGACACUUUUGGUGCUAUGAAUGGAAUAUCGCGCUUUUGUGAAUAUGCUUUUCCGUGGAGGUGAGUUAGGUUGAUUCUGCUUUUUUAGCUGUCCUACCCUUUUUUAGUGUUGGUAGAAGUAAAGGAGACAUCAAGGUAUCCGGAUAACAACUUGCCUUUUGUGCUAGAGAGAGGCAUCUGUUUGUUUGCCAUAUUCAUUUUCUUGGAGACGAAUACCACUAACUGGGAAAAGAUCAUGUGUUGCUCCACGGCCUUUGAAUAUGUAAAGGAGGGUGUAUCUGUUAGCUAUUUAGGAGGAUAUAUAUAUAUAUAUAUAUAUAUUUUUUUUUCGGCAGAUACUCAAAAGAGGAAGAAAUGGUGGUGGAGGAGUUACGAAACAGAAAUUUCACGUACCUUGUGAACGAGCACCCGUCUGUUGAUGGAUACAAGUGCGUGUUUUCUGAAGAAGGCUUCGACAGAAUCAAACUGCAGCGAGGUUUCCCUCCCAUUGUUCUGGUAAGAAGCGCCAAAGUAUACGUGCACCGGGAUAUGAAGACGGAUGACCAGUUGCAUAAGAAAUGGCCAGGAUGUUAGAUUCAUUGUUUUGGUCGAUGUAGCACAUGUUUGUUAUCCUGAGAGAGAGGAGAAGAUGUAACGAUACCCAUAUAUUUUCACAUGUCUGUCGCUGUUCUGAUUCCUUGUUAUGGUCGAUGUAGCACGGCUUUCUGAGUUGACUGUUCUGGUUCGAGACGCUCACCAUUUCAUUUCAAGGUGAUCUAAGAGUGUCUUAUUAUAAUGUUAGGUAAUAAUGCCUACAGUGUUAUUUUUUUCUAAAGAGAAA